UGUGGACACUCUGCUGGAGUGUGACUAUUCUGCUGCCAUGUCUGCUGAUGGCUCUUCCACUGCCACCACUGAGACCAGAGGAUGACCAACUGGAGUUUGCGAAGAAGUACUUGGAGAGCUUCUGUGGAUUUAAACCUAAUACUGGGCGGCAGCGGCGGAUGACAGAAAUUGACAUGUUCCAGGACAAAUUGAAAGGCAUGCAUCAGUUCUUCGGUCUUAAGAAGACUGGGGAGCUAACCCCCUGCACUGUGAAUGCAAUGAGGAGGCCCCGCUGUGGACUAUCAGAUGUGGAGACAUUUGAGGACAAGGUCAAGUGGAAAAACAAGUAUCUGACCUACAGCAUUGCAAACAGUCCGGCAGUGAGAUCUUCACAGCUGAGAAGAGCUGUUAGGAAGGCAUGGAGGUUGUGGAGCAACGUCACACCACUGCGAUUCUUGCGGAGGAAAGGAAAAGAAGCUGACAUCAUGAUCUCCUUCAAAACAAGAGAUCAUGAGGACGACUUUGCUUUUGAUGGCAAUGGGGGAGUCCUAGCACAUGCUUUCCAGCCUGGAGAUGGCAUUGGAGGGGAUGUCCAUUUUGAUGAAGAGGAGCGAUGGACUAUGAAUUCUAGUGGAAUCAACUUGUUUGCUGUGGCUGCACAUGAGUUUGGUCAUGCUCUGGGUCUCCCACAUUCUUCAGACCCGGGGGCAGUCAUGUACCCUGCCUACAGCUUUGUCACAAUAAAUGAGUUUGGCCUCUCCUUUAAUGAUGUAGAAAGUAUUCAAAAAAUGUAUGGUAAGUCAGAUUCUUCUUGGCGGUUUUGUGUCAAUCCAGAUCUUAUGAUGAUGUCACAGCUUCGUAUUCCUCCAAAGACUCCUGAGAAAUGUGAUCCAAGUCUGUCGUUUGACGCUGUGAUGACAAUGCAACAGGAAAUGGUCUUCUUUAAAGACAGAUUUAUGUGGCGGACUCACCCAAACUUUGAUCAAGUAGGCAUUACAUUGAUAACUAGUCUAUGGUUUGCUGUUCCUUCAAAUAUCAGUGCAGCAUAUGAGACUUCAGAGAACACCAUUUUGUUUUUCAAAGGUUCACAGUACUGGGCAGUGCAGCAGCUGGAACUCUUGCAUGGAUUCCCAAAGAAUAUCUCUGAGUUUGGGUUCCCUAGUACUGUGAGAGCAAUUGAUGCAGCCCUUCACUUUCGAGGAGCACGGCAGACAGUUUUCUUCACGGGGAAUAUGUGUUGGCGAUAUAAUGAGGAGCAGAAUCAGAUGGAAGAGGGCUAUCCUAAACCUAUACUCCAUGAUUGGCCGGGUGUAAAAACACCUGUGGAUGCAGCUGUGUUUCAUGCAGGUUUUGUCUUAUUCUUCUCUGGGAAUCUUCAGUAUAAAUAUGACCCUAUCCUGAAAUACAUUGUUGAAACAACACAUGUAAAUAAAUGGUUACAAUGCUAAAUAAUCUUGGGCCAAAAAUCACUGCAUAAUGUUUGCUUUGCCUCAAAUAAAACAAUGAAAUACAAAUAUGCAAGUUGGGGAGGUGAGUCAGUCCCCCCGAUCCAAACAGUAAAUAUUACGCUUCUAUUAUUAUAGACUUGCAAUGUAAUUUUCUCAGUACAAGCACCGGUAUUGCUGGACCAGAUGAUGCAACUUCCAGGAUAUUUACUGCUAGGACAAAUGCAAUGUGCUUUUGUAAUUUCACUGGAUGCCAGCCAGCUAGCUGACUGUUGAAACCGGAUAACAGAAAGCUC